UUGAAUUUUUUUGAUCUGAUUUUACUUUCUGUUUUUUGGCGGAACCACUGAUUGCGGCCCACGCGUCAUGCUAUUUAUCAAGCGUUGCUCGCCCCAUCUCCACUGCUGCGUACGUGUCUGAGCAUUAGAGAUGCUUCGCCGGCUGUCAUCAACGAAAGAGACGGCCCGGGGGCUUAGUCUCGGCAACAAAUCGACGGAGCCGAGUCUGGAAGUAAAUAUCACUGAACCGGCCCUCUUCAUCCCCACCUAUACCAACAAGCCGCCCGUCCUUCGGGGCUCCUGUGUUCUGGAAGUCCGGGAACCGCUGACGGCACGGCGACUGACGGUCAGCCUACGGGGCACAUCGCGUGUGCAAUGGCCUCACGGCACUCAAGAUACGGAGAAGGUCAUCGACUGCACGCUGACCGUGUUCGGUCCGGAGGCCUCCAAGACCGGGCCCCAGUCAUAUGCGGUAUGCAGCGAGGAAGAACCGCCAGCCCUGCAACGAAAGGAAUCGGGAUUCUCCCGAAGAAAGAGCCAAGUGCGCACCGCGCUGAUGGAGCUCUACCCGAAUUCCAACCACCCCCCAGCAGCAACGUAUCACAACUUCACACCCGGCACCUACCGGUACAAUUUUGAGAUGGUCCUCCAUUCCCAGCUGCCCCAGACUAUCCGACUCCGGGGUAGCCAGGUCCGUUACAGCGUCCACGUCUGUGUCGAGCGUCCGGGCGCCUUGACGCGCAACAUCACCCACACCCAACCCAUCACCGCCAUCCACUGCCCCGCGGAAGACUAUGUCGAGGACGCGGAGCCGGUCUACGUCCGACGGUCCUGGUCCAAGUACCUGCGUUGCGAGAUUCUCGUCUCGCGACGAGGCGCACCCCUGGGCCACCGAUUGCCGGUGACCCUCUCCUUCACGGAGUUGGCCCAGGCCAAGUUGCGCGGCAUCCGAGUCUACCUGUCGGAAAAUGUUCAAUACCUGCAAAAAGACGGCCUCCCAUCCUGUUUCGGUCCGUACAAGCGGACGCUCGUCUACAAAGCCGUGGAUGGUCUGGGGUCCACCGAAUUAGCGCUGAUUUCGGAAGACGACCAGGUCAAGCAUUUAGUGACCGACGAGAAGGAGCCGGAAAGUCUUGUGGCGUGCUCCGAGUCCACGGUCCAACAGAGCGGCGCGAAAGCGACGACACUCGAAUUUGACCUACCGUUACCCAUCUGUCGGAUCCACGCCAACAAUGACGAGACGCGAAACAUGCAUUUUGACACCAAGUACAAGAACGUGCAAGUCAAUCACUGGGUUGAGUUCGUCUUCCUCCUAGCGAAAGAUGGGUCCGGGGACGCUAAAACCCAAAAAAUCGUCAAGGCUCCACUGACCCUGCGACCUUGCUACGCCCACCAGGCAAAUGCUUCUCUCCCGGCCUACUCGGAGAAGACGCUGUGCGACUCGCUGGGGCGGUAAAUAUCGGACAGAAGCCGACUGUCCUGCGAACCAUGACGGAUUGUUUAAAUUGGCCAAUAUGACUUGCUUCACGAAAUCCUGCAUUCUGCGUUCACGACCGUCAGGGGAGGAAGACCACGAGGUGACCAAACUUAGUUCGCGAGCACCUGCGUUUACAUCAUUGGAACGGUGCAGCGAGCCUCCACGUUGCA